CCUCGCUGCGGGGCGGCUCGGCCGGGGCUGCCGCGGGGCUCUCCCGGGCCCGGCCCCGCGCUGCGGCCGCAUCAAUCAUUAACGGCGGCUCGGGUGUCCAGCACCUCCCUCCCCGGGAAACCCUACCCGGAGCGGCGGGGGCGUCUCUCCCCGCUCGCCGGGAGCGCUGGAUGCGCCGCCGGUUUCCAGUUACCGCGAUGCCGGGCGGCGGGGCGGGAGGAGCCGCGGCGGUGCCGCCACUGCCCCUGCUGCAAUGAGUGAUGCUGCCGGGGGCGGCGGAGGAGGAGAAGCGCAGAGCCACCGCGGCUCCUCCGCCCGCGGCUGCGGGAGCAGCGCCUCUACCUCGCCCGGGCGGCGGGGCGCGGUGGCGGCCGGAGGGCCCGGGGCUGGCAGGGGCGGCAGCAGGAGCACCAGGAGCAGCAGCACCAGCAGCAGCACCAGCAGCAGCAGCAUGCCGGCGGGCGAGGGGGACAAGGAGGAGGCGACGGCGCCUCCUCGCCCCGCCGCCUUGCUGCGGUGGGACGAGGUGCCCGAGGACUUCGUGGAGUGCUUCAUCCUCUCGGGCUACCGGCGGCUACACUGCUCGGCGCAGGAGUGCCUGGCCUCGGUGCUGCAGCCCACCAACGAGACCCUCAACUUCUGGACCCACUUCAUCCCGCUGCUGCUCUUCCUCAGCCGCUUCGGGCGGCUGCUGCUGCUGCGGGGCGCCGGGGACGUGCCCUUCCACCACCCGGCCCUGCUGCCCCUCUGGUGCUACGCCUCGGGGGUGCUGCUCACCUUCGCUAUGAGCUGCACAGCCCACCUCUUCAGCUGCCUCUCCCCGCGCCUCCGCGCCGCCUUCUUCUACCUGGACUAUGCCUCCAUCAGCUACUACGGCUUCGCCAGCACCGUGGCCUACUCCUACUACCUGCUGCCAGGGCUGAGCCUGCUGGACGCCAGUGCCAUGAGCCACUACGUGCAGCAGCAGCUGGGCUGGCAGCUGGACUGCAGCCUGCCCAUCGCGGCCUACCGCGCCCUGGUGCUGCCCGUGGCCCUGGCGCUGGCCGUCACCUGCACGGCCGCCUGCUGCCGCAGCCGCGCCGCCUGCUGCGCCUACCCCUUCGCCGUGCGCACCUUCGUCUUCGCCAUGCCGCUGAGCAUGGCCUGCCCCAUCAUGCUGGAGAGCCUGUUCUUUGACCUGCGCACCCGCAACCCCACGCUCUUCGUCUACUUCUACCGGCGCUACUUCUGGCUGCUGGUGGCCGCCUUCUUCAACGUCAGCAAAAUCCCUGAGCGGAUCCAGCCAGGGCUCUUCGACAUCGUGGGGCACAGCCACCAGCUUUUCCACAUCUUCACCUUCCUCAGCAUCUAUGACCAGGUGCACUACGUGGAGGAUGGGCUCGCUGAAUUCCUCAAGGCACCUCUGGCUGCCCCCACCUACUUAGGUACAGUGGGGUAUAUGCUGCUCCUCAUGCUCUGCCUGGCCGUGGUUGUCAGGAGGUUCCUCAACGUCACAGACCUCUGCAAGCAGGACUAGUUGGGACAGCAACCAUCACACCAGCAGCCCUUGGGCUGGAGACCCUCAGGCCGAUGAUCUUCAGACCGGUGAUCCUCAGACUGGCCCCACCAUGUCCUGAAGAUGCUGUGAAACCUGGGGGAAACGCACCUGUGGAAGAGCCACGUCCCUUUUGCGAAGGGUUGCCAGAGAAAAUGACCCUGGUGGAACUGCUCGUGGUCUUUAAACUACUAGGUUACCAGGGGAAGCAAGCAAACGCUUACUGCUCUCUAGAUAAGAAUACAUUUACUGACACUUGAUGAUGCCCUGCCCUGUGCUGCAGCUCGGAAGGUGCCCUGCAGAGGCUCAAGUGCUUUGCUCCUCUCUGCUGCUGCAAGAUCUGGCUGUGGGACCACCUGAGUCACAGCCACUGAUGGAAACCAGCCAGAUGUCUCUGGUUUAGUUCACGGGUGAAUUCUAUCGACAUAAUUUACAUUUGGUAAAUAAAGUUUAAUUUAGAUUGGG